CUUUUCAACGUGCCGACCCAGUACAGAAUCCAUUCUGUGGGAUAUUGAAAAGCAAGCAAGGCCGGUAAACAAUUUUCAUAUAUAUAUAUAUAACAGCUGAAGAGGAACGCCGCAAAACAACGGGGGAUAGAAUAUGGCUUCUAUUUAAACUCCAGUCACCUGUGACGAGAAACCUCCAGCCAGUUCGUCAGGUAGGACAGUUCACGCUAGGAAAUACGUUCAGCAUAUUCCUGCGGAUAAACAUUCUCUCCUUGAAAGCAAAGGUGAGAGAGAGGAAAGGUACGAGGAGUGUAGCACAAGAUCAGACCCGACAGCCUGUCUUGACUGGCGACCUAAGGUGUCGGAUAUUCCAAAGGACAGAAAUUCAAUACGGAACAACCGCCGGUAUUGCCCAGAGAAAGUGACUGCUUCGGCUUGAAGGGACAUGGCUCGGUGAAGAACUACUAGGUUUGGUGUGAUCAACAAGUAGGCUCCAAUAAACGUGCAAGAUGUCGGGUAAAGCUAAGAAAGACGCCUACUUCAUAGGCAUGUGGAAGGAUGACGUGGUUACGGACAAUAUCAUCAAAGAGGUGGUUAAGCGAUCCUCGGCGGACAAAGGGCGCAGGGUGAAACUACGACUGACGUCAGAAGGAUUGCUUAUUUCCAAACCUUCCGUAUUCCAGGUGUCCACCAAGAUUGACUCUAUUCCCAUUGAAAGUAUGUAUUUCAUGACUGUGAACAAACACAACCCCAACUGCCUUCUGUGCAUCAUCAGAGACACCGUCCACAAAUACAACGUCCUCGCAUUCAGGUGCCUCACCGCCGUGGAUGCCGGAGAGCUGGUGAAAGCAUUUAAAUCCAUCCGAGGCGACGACAUGAGGAUGAUGAAGAGAGACGACGGGAACUGGACCCUGAGAGCCAACAGUUCUAAGAGCACUCCGCGACAGAUGCUGGACAUCGUGGCCAACAAACCAACAAACGGAGUGCAGCCGAACGGCGACGCGUUACGUGGCUACCCUCCAGACCACCACGACGACGUGGAUCCCAUCUCGGCGGAAGUAGAGUCAGUGACGAAGGGUGAAAAGUUAUUUUUCAAAGGGAAAUCACUACAGAACAUUGGCGUGCAGACGCACUUGCACGACGAUGGAGACACGAUGUCGGAGAUCUCGGACGUGUCCUCGUUCAAGGAGGAGCUGGAUUAUCUGUCGCAGGAACUGCGUGAGGUCAAGUACCUGCUGGAGAAGUCCACUGGCAUCAGCGCCGAGGAGCACCUCAGAGCAGCCAAACAGGUGCACAGCAACGACAGCGACAAGUCGGUGAUGCACAUCGAAAGUAACAACAAUACCAUCUACACAGACAGAGAGGGUGUGGCCCACGCCAUUGUGCCAGACUACAGGAACUUCGGCGUGCAGACCGCGCCCCACUUGCGGAGUGGACGCUCCCAUCACAACCACCACUACUACAACAACGCGACGACGUCCGCGAUGGCUGCUGCCCUGCGUAACGAAGGCCGUUACGUCAAGGUCAACAACAACAACAACAGCAACGGCCACUCCAACAGACAGGAACUGAGGGCGGUGGUUAAUGGUCGGGUGGUCAGCGUGCCCGUGUCUCAGCCACUCCAGAUACACACCGGCCCGGCCCGAGCUGCCUACACGAUGCAGACUUCCACCAACGGGCGAGACAGUUUACAUAUCAAGUACGACCGCCCACCCCCGUCGACGCCGUCGGACGAGAAAUCGAGAUCCUUGCGACGGAGACCAAUGUCGAGCGUGGGUGUGCCGACGUCGAUCGAACGUCCCAUAGAGCACACGUACUCGGGCAGGAUAAGGGACCCCUACGUCAUUGGACAGCCGCUGGUUUCUCGAAAGGUCAGACCCAGAAGCAUGUACAUCAUUUCUGGAGCCAAGCCUCUGGCGGUCCACAAUCCGUCCAGGAGGCAGCACGAAGCUCCUCUGUGAUUUGAACAUUUAACAAAGCGACAAAUCACUUGAGAAAUUAAAUACUGACACACACAAAAAAAGCAUAAUCAAAAGACUACAUCCAAACGGUUGUG